UCCUCAAAACAGCAGUGCCUAUCUGGCUACAGAAGCUGCCUUGGAGGGCAAGCACCAUGUGAAUGGUGGCAGCUCACAAGACAGGACAGGACAGGUCGCAGUAGCCAGCAUCCGGCCCAGCAGAGCCAGCCAGGACCCUUUGGGACCGGCUUCUGGGGGUGACUUGCCAAGGAUCUCCAAAGGGCAGCCUCGAGCCUUUCCUAAGGUGCCAAGCGGACAUUCCCAGAGAACCAUGGACGGUGCAGGAAAUAUGACAAGACCUGGGGACAACGUCAGCUGCCUCUCCACUAUCGAUGACUUCCGCAACCAAGUAUAUUCCACUGUGUACUCAAUGGUCUCUGUAGUUGGCUUCUUUGGCAAUGGCUUUGUGCUCUAUGUCCUCAUCAGGACAUACCAUGAGAAAUCAGCCUUCCAAGUAUACAUGGUGAACCUAGCUGUGGCCGACUUGCUCUGUGUGUGUACACUUCCUUUUCGAGUAGUUUAUUAUGUUCACCGAGGCAUCUGGUUCUUAGGGGACUUCCUGUGUCGUCUCAGUACCUAUGCUUUGUAUGUCAACCUCUAUUGUAGCAUCUUCUUUAUGACCGCCAUGAGCUUUUUCCGUUGUGUAGCCAUAGUAUUCCCAGUCCAAAACAUCAACCUUGUGACCCAGAAAAAAGCCAGGGUUGUGAGUGCAGCCAUUUGGAUUUUUGUUAUCCUGACCAGCUCACCCUUUUUUCUGAUGAGCAAAACCUAUAAAGAUGGGAAUAACACCAAGUGCUUUGAACCCCCACAAGACCCAAAGAGUAAGAAAACAGUGAUGGCCUUACACUAUGUCUCAUUAUUCCUUGGCUUCAUCAUUCCAUUUGUUACCAUAAUUGUCUGUUACACUAUGAUCAUCUUGACCUUGUUAAAGAAUUCAAUGAAGAAAAAUCUGCCAAGUCGUAAGAAGGCUGUAGGAAUGAUCAUUAUCGUAACAGCUGCCUUCUUGAUCAGUUUCAUGCCUUAUCACAUUCAACGCACGAUCCACCUUCACUUUUUGAACAAUGAAAAUAAAACCUGUGAGUCUGUCCUCGCCAUGCAGAAGUCGGUGGUCAUAACCUUGUCUCUGGCAGCAUCCAAUUGUUGCUUUGACCCACUCCUCUAUUUCUUUUCAGGCGGUAACUUCAGGCAGAGGCUGUCCACAUUUAGAAAGCAGUCUCUGUCUAGCAUGACCUAUACACCCAAGAAGAAGACCUCCUUCCAAGAAAAGGUGGAUGAAUUGUGCAAACAAUAGUGUCACACACCCCCAAGUAGAAAUCUCUCUUAUGUGAAUGAGAGGAGCUAGCCAUAUAAUUACUUGCUAUAAUCACAUAGAUAGAUAGAUAGAUAGAU